CCGAAACAAUCACCGACCUCCUUGUCCCCAUCAAAUACACCCCAAAACGCAAAAAACCACAGAAAAUAAGGGCGAACAAAAAUCUCCGGCGGUUCUCUCGUCUUCCGACGGCUGUCGUUUCGUCAGAGUCGCUGAGAUCCGGCAUUUCUCGAUUUAGUUCAGUGAAAGGUCUACAAAAUGGUUGCUCAGGGAUUCACUGUGGAUCUUAACAAGCCCCUUGUAUUUCAGGUUGGUCAUCUUGGAGAAGCUUACGAGGAAUGGGUUCAUCAACCUAUUGUGACAAAGGAAGGCCCUCGGUUCUUCCAGAGUGACUUUUGGGAGUUCUUGACCCUUACAGUCUGGUGGGCAAUUCCUGUCAUUUGGUUGCCAGUUGUAGUCUGGUGCAUCUCCAUGUCAGUAAGCAUGGGCCGUUCACUUCCAGAAAUCGUUUCAAUGGUAGCCUUGGGAAUAUUUAUCUGGACGUUUAUAGAAUACACUCUUCACCGAUUCCUUUUCCACAUAAAAACGAAGAGUUACUGGGGAAACACUGCACACUAUCUUCUUCAUGGAUGCCAUCACAAGCACCCAAUGGACCACCUUCGACUUGUCUUUCCUCCUACCGCAACGGCAAUUUUAUGCUUUCCUUUCUGGAACCUUGUGAAGCUUUUUGCAACUCCUUCUACCACACCAGCGUUGUUUGGAGGCGGCUUGCUCGGGUACGUGAUGUACGAUGUCACUCACUACUACCUUCACCAUGCCCAACCAACUAGACCAGUGACCAAAAAUCUCAAGAAAUACCAUUUGAACCAUCACUUCAGGAUUCAGGACAAGGGAUUUGGUAUAACGUCGUCGUUAUGGGACAUAGUGUUUGGCACUCUACCCACCACAAAAGCCCCCAAAAGAGAGCAAUAGUACUAAGUUGGAAAACGAAAAAGAUAAUUUUACGAGUAUUUACUAGUCUGUUAUAUAUGAAACUCGAUCUAAAUUACUUUUGUCAAAACAAUGUAAGAGAUUGUUGAUUUUGAAAGAGUUUAUCAAGUAAAUUAGAUAAGUGAUAAAAUUUAAUAGUGUACUGUUUAAUUUAUCAUACAAUUUAUGACCAUGUAAUCAUUUGUAAAAUA